GUCAGAUAUUUUGUAAUGUUAUGUGUAUUUCUAACCUAUAGAAGUCAGUUAAAUGUUUCUUUUUUAUUUUAUUAAAAAAUUAAGUAUUGCAGUUCCUGUUACUAUUACAUUUUUUGAUGUAGUGGGAUACAUUGCCAGAGUUGAUGGAAUAUCCAUGCAGCCAACUUUAAAUCCUGACAAAGGUGAUUUUGAUUACAUUUUUCUAAACCGUUGGUCAGUUAGAUUUAACAAUAUCAGAAGAGGAGAUAUAGUAUGCAUAGUUUCACCGAAGGAUUUAAAGCAGAGUAUUGUAAAGAGAGUUGUGGGUUUACAAGGUGAUGUUAUUUCCACAAUGAGUUAUGAGAAAACUGUUCUAAGAGUUCCAGAAGGACAUUGUUGGGUAGAAGGAGAUCAUGUAGGACAUUCAUUUGAUUCAAACAAUUUUGGUCCCAUUUCUUUAGGACUAAUUACUGCAAAAGCUUCAUGUAUUGUAUGGCCUCCCUCUCGAUGGCAAUUCAUUUAUCCCUAUUUAUCACGUAAACCACUAAAUGCUGCUCUUUAAAAUAUAAAAAUGUUGUUAAGAAUAUAAUUUGCAAUUGGUCACGUCAUUUGUUGAUGUUUAUGUUAAUAACAAGUGUUAUAUAAGAAAGUUUA